AUGUCUUACACAGUGGAGAUUUCUAUCUUCUACCGCGAAUCCGCCCCCGAGUUUUUCAACAUUGUAGAAAGAGGCGUUUGGCACUACGCGAACGGCGGAACGUGGACUCAAGCAGCGGGAAAAGAAAUCUUAACGAUGGGCGGUAGCGGCACAUCCGGCGGCCUUCGAUUUAAGAACGCAUCGGGCAAUGCGUUUUUCCUCGUCGUUGGAGUACAUAACUACUCACUUUGGCUCGACGUUCUUCCGAAUAUCGAGGACAAGGACACAACCGUCGCGCUGCUUCCGACGUAUUAU